AUGAGCGAAAAACCCAAGACAAGACUCAGUUCUCAUACUCUAGGCAAAAAUUAGACUGCCUAACUUAUAGACAAUGAUUCAAAAUUUGAUCAAAACAGAGAAGGAUAUGAUAGUGUAAAGCAAAGCUAAAAUAUUUAGGGACUUAUAAAUCUACUAAGCAUUGAGGGAGAGCAAAGAAAUGGCAAUGAAAGCAUUUCACAUUUAAAAGUAAUACAUUCAAGAAAUGAUUCUUAAAAGUAAGAAUCAACAGAUCAAUCAACUAAUAUGAUCUUCUCGCAGUCGAAUUUCAAUAGCCCUCCAAGGUUAUCAAAUAAAGUUAGGAGGUCAAUUUAAAAGUGCAAUAAAGAUCCUCUAUACGAAGAGAGACUUAUUAUGAUGAAAAAUAAACUUAAGCAAGAACUCUUAGAUCAUAUUGAGAGAAAAUCCAAUGAGCUAGGCAUAACAACUGAGUAGGCUUUUGAAGAGAUAUUUUUUAAUGAUCAUUCUUAAAACUUAAUCAGAGACUAAGUAAUGAGAAGUCAUGCUAAUAGACAACUUUCAAUAGAUGAUUUUCUUGAGGAUUAUACAGACUAGAUUAUUUUAAACAAUCAUUUUUAUUAAGAAUUAUCUACUCAGAUGGCACAGCUCUAAACGCUUUAUGUGUAUUUAGAUGAUCAAUUGACCUACAAAUCUAAAAAUUAUCCUUAUGAUUUAGAUGCCUUAUCAGGAAGCAAUGAUUAUAAGUCUAAUGGAUCAUAGAGCUUGAUUUUCAAUUUAUCUCUUGACAUUCCUAUUGAAGUUGAUUCCUAAUAAAUUCGAAUUGAGAUGUACGAUAAGGACUUAGAAUCUGAAAGGGAUCAACUUACUAAAUAAAACAAAACACUAGAUUCAAUGAUGGAGUAUGAUGAUGAGUAAGAAGAACUAGACGAUGAAUCGAGAAUAUUCCAUUCUUAGCUAGGAUAAAUUACCAUAGAUCUAGAUGAAGUUCUCAUUGAAUCACUCAUGAAUAGUUAGCAUAUACGAUUUACAAAGGCUAUGAUGAUUAGUAAUGAUGCAAUCACUGGGAGAUUCAAUAUUACACCAAGGAGUACAGAGAAAUAAUAGAACCCUGUUGAGAAUAGACUCGUUCAAACAUCUUCAAAAAUGACUGUUGAAUUAAAGCCUAAGCUUACUCAUCAAUACUGUAAGCGAAUGAUUAAACUAUAGCAGGACUAAAAGCUUAAAAGUUACGAUAGAAUGAUGGAUACUUCUAAAAAUCUUUAAGAUAAAGAAAUAAAACUGCUGGAUGCUACAAGAGACUUAUAAGAAAUAGGCUUCUUCUAAGAUGUUGGGCUGAUGACUAUUGAUAUGGAUCAAUAACUACCUUAAGUUUAAGAUUUUGAUACGGAAUAAAACUACUUCAGCAAUUAAUAUGCAGAUGAUAGUGAGCUAUAGUAAAUGAGUGACGAAUAAAGGCAAAAGCUGCUUCAAGAUAUUUACAUGAAAUAUGAUCCAAUUAAAGAAGAGGACUUAGAAAAUACCAAGACUGAAUCGAUAUCAUAGCAAAAUUCAUUAAGCUUUAUGAGGUAUUAGAGGGGUGAUAGCAGCAAGAUGGAUUAGCUUAUAUCCCCCUAAACUCACAAAUUAAUGCAUCAAAUUAGCAGUUUUAAGUAUAGUGAAGGCCAAGAUAACAAUUAACUUAACACAUCAAAGGAUCUAAUUCAUCAUCUUAAUGAUAAUGAAGGCAAAUAUAAUAAGGGGAAUUAAAGAUUAAGAAAUAGCUCCAGCUUUUAAUAAUGA